AUGAACAUAUGGAUUGGACAAGUUGGUGCAAGUGGCCUAAUCAUUACAGAUAAUUUAGUUGCUGAAAAGGCAAAAAAUUUUGGUGAAAAAUUAGGAAUUGAAAAAACUGAAUUGACUUUUUCAAAUGGAUGGUUACGUGGAUUUAAGCAAAGAAAUAAUUUAAAAGCUGUUAAAAUUCAUGGAGAAGCUAACAGUGCACCAUUAGAAAAUUUACCUUUAUUACGAAAUAAUUUAAAAACUGUGACUAGUAAAUAUGAUUUGGAGAAUAUUUUUAAUGCAGAUGAAACAGGUCUGUUUUAUUGCAUGUCUCCAAAUCAAACUCUUGCUAGUGGUCCAAUAUUAGGAAAAAAAAGGCUAACAGUAUUGUUGGCAACAAAUGCAACUGGCACAAGAAAACUUAAACCACUUGUAAUUGGAAAAUUGGCUAAACCUAGAUGUUUCAAUAAUGUUAACAUGUCUUUAUUACCUGUAAUUUACAAAUCUACUCCAAAAGCAUGGAUGCGCACUGACAUUUUUGAAAAAUGGUUAAGGGACUUAGAUACUGUUUUUCGAGUGGAAAAUAGGAACAUAUUACUUUUAAUUGAUAAUGCACCAUCCCAUACAGAUCCAGGCUCAUUGUUAGAUGAACAAUUGGAAAAUCAAAUAAGUGCACAAA